AUGAUGCUUGCAGCUGCCACACGCUGUUGGUCACAGUCGACUACUGGGCUGCAUCGGCAACCCAUGGCAGAUUACUGCAGACUCUCCUGUCCGAGAUGCGGUCGCAGCUACAAGUAUCGGAGCGGCCUGCUGGGUCAUAUCGCCGAGUGUCUCUCGAAACGAGAGAAAGUGGAGCCUGAUUUUCGUCAGCGGCAGGAGCAGGAAUGGCAGCAACGUCACCAUCGUCACCAACAACAGCAGCAGCAACGAGACCGCUCACAUGAGCGGCAACAGCCACCGCACCAGUCGAUCACCGUGAAGGACGUUCGCGUGCUGUACAAGUUUUGGACACCCCGUUCGUAUCGACAACUCUCGCAAGGUCACGUCUGUAAGGACUGUGGCAAGAUCUACAAGCAACGGAACGCUCUCUGGCGACAUUACAAAUACGAGUGCGGCAAGAGUCCCAGGUUCCAGUGCCCUUACUGCCGCUAUCGGACGAAGCAGCGCUCCAACAUGUACUCGCAUAUCAAACACAAGCACAUCGGUCUCAAGAUCUACGCAAUCGAUCUCGAGGCGGGGACUUAAGCGCGAAUUAAGGGCGGACGUGUAAUUACUUGUUUGUAAGAUAAAAUAGAAUACAGGAUGUCUGACAAUUCAUGACACACUUGUUGUGUGCAGGUAGAAAAAGGUCGUCAAACUGGACCCAAAAUUUCUGUUUUCACACAUUUUCUUAAUUGAAGUUAGCAUCGCAUAAAAUGGCUAUAAUUGCGAACCACUGCUGACCGGUUUCCAUAGUAAUCAGUUAUGACCAGAGUCGAAGUGAAUAAAUAUUGGCUCUUUAUCUAUCUUUAUCUAAUAGAUAAGAGUAUGAUAAUGAUAUUACGUUUUUCCAAAAUCUUCUGUCGCAGAAGAUUCUGUUGUGACGUGAGAUAUCUUGUAUACUGUCACUUGAACUCCUGUCAUCACCGAUUACAGUGGAAGGUUGUAAAUAAAGGUUUGCAAUUGUGAUCAUUUGAUUGUGCUUUUAAUUGUCGGAAGAAAUGUAUAAAUAACGUUAUGCAAACGAGUAUACACUGUCAGUUGCAGAACGGUUUAGAUAUAUUUUUUCCAAUGAAGUUAGGAGUGCUCCAAGUUGCGAGCUAUUGUUGAGUUUAUACAGUAGUCGAUUACGACCAGAACCGAAGCGACAGUAUAGAUAUUAUUUCUUUAUUAUACUUUUAUCUGAUAGAUAAAACGAAAGUAUUUACGUUUUUCUCGAAUCCUCAGUUGUAAUCGUGUGUAUAAUUUUUGUAUACUUGAAUCGUGUUGUUUCUUUUAAGUAGGCAUUUCUCGAACUUUUAUUUAGAAAGCAAAAGUUGAGCAAUAAUUAACUACUGAUUUUAUCAUCAUAGUGACCGAUGAUUUGUUCCUGAAUACUGAAAACGUUGGUUUUUGUGACAUGCACGGCGAGAAACGAUAGAAGAAGAAAUACAUGAGGCACUUUACUGUCAUUGGUAACGAGCCGACCAAGUUGUCAGUAUUUGUGUAUUCUAGACUAACAAUUGACUUUCACAAAUUAAACAAUUAACUUUCAUAAGUUAAACUUUAAUAUUUUGUAAAAUGCUGCAAUCUUAAUGCUGAUUUAGUCAAAGCUGUCGUACUUCAAGUAAUUAUAGAGAAAGUUGAAAUAAAAAAUGAUACAAAUAUUUUGAUAUUAUGAUGUAUUUGUAUCUUUUUUGCUUCUUUCUUAGAUAAAUGAGCUGAAAAUUUAAUGGUCGAAGUGUGCUGAUAAUGUCGAGAUAUAGUUGCGAAAAUGCUUCACUAACAGAUUAUAAACAGAAGUGCGAAGUAUGAUGGGAAUUACGAUGAGCCCGACGUUGAUACGUCAGAAUGUAAGAGCAUAGUGUGCCAAUAUUUAUUUCUUUUUACUUAUUCUACAAAUUUUCCCUUUGUACUUAUUACUUGACUAUUUUUGAAUUGCACUACUUUAGUUUGAUCAUUUAUUUCUGGAUUUACUAUACAGGACGAACCAAUUAACUAUUAGCACCUUGAAUAUCUUCGGAAUUAUGGAAGUUGGUUGGAACAAAGUCAAAAAAAAGGCUAUCGUAUAGUCACGAUUUCUUACUUGUAGAUGGAGUUCUUUUGUAAACACAAUUUUCUCUAGUUCCCGUGAUUUUAAGAAUGUUCCGGGUACUAAUAAUCGUUGGUCCUUCUCAUGUGAUCGUUAUAAGUAUUUUACUGCCAAAUAUUCGAGACGAACGCAGUAUAACAAACGUCAAUAAAUACCGCAAAGUCGUCGAAGAAUUCAUCAUAUAUGAUAAUAAAGAUUUUUAUUUCUCUAGUGAUAAGACACUACAUAUUUUCUUCAUUUAUUAACAUUCCGCAGCAUCCUGAAUCGGCACAGUGAGAGUGAAAGUGAGAAAAAAAAUAUAUCUCUUUAAAGACAAAACGGUAUAUCAGUCGACGUAAGCCAGCAGUUUAAUGUAACGACGCAUGUACGCACAAUCAACUACUCGGGAUAAAUCCGGAAGGUAACACCAAUUUCAGAUAUGUAUCGAAAGUAUCUAUUCCUCGACGACGGUUCGAGGCUUCUCCCUUUCGCUUGGACCAAUAUCGCGACACUGCAAAAUAAUUCCUAGAAUACUGCAUGGCGCGAAGUUCGACGGGCGGACCUGAUUGUACUAAUCAGCAUCAAAAGGCCGAAUUUCAGGUGUGUUUCGAGCAUGCGGGUCCAGAGCUGUUGUCUCAUCUUCUAUGUCUAUCUUCUUUACACGAGUCAGUAGUUAGAGCUCCAUCGCUAUCGACACAUCGUGGUUGAUCGUGGUUGCACCCUCUCGUUCAAUCCUGCCGUCCUUAUC